UGUUAUAUACAUCAAUUUCUAGUGGUGCAUUUUUCUCACUCCUUUGACUAGUUUUCUCAUUCACUAUAUUUACAUAUCAUCAACUCUUCUGCCAUCAAAGCUUCCUCUUUUUGUGUUUUUUCUCCCUACUUUUCCUCUUUGUUUCUUUUCUCUCAUUCCUCAAAAAACAACAAAAAACUUCCUUUCAUUUCACAUAUUUUUUUUGUGUUAGGGUUAAUUAAUGUGGAAGACAUUUGAUGGUGGAUGAAGGGAAACUAUGGAGGCUCUUGAGGAAGUGGUAGGUUGUCCCUCUAAGGACCUCUUCCACAUUGUUAAGGGCAAAAGAACCAAACGCCUUAGACUUCAAUCUCCAAAUAUCCCUUUCUCCGUCACAACAUCACAUGAUUCAUUAAACGCAUGCAAUAAUGGAGUAGAAAACGUCCCUAGCAACAACAGCAAUAACAAUAAUAAUAAUAGCGACAAUAUUGGUAAAGAUAAUAGAGAUGAUGUCGCUUGCAACAACAAUGAUAUUGAAAGAGGUAGUGGCAAUGGAGAAGGCAUUGCAUGUAACAACAACAACAUUAGCAGCAACACCACCACCAACAACGACAAUAAUAAUAAUGAAACUCUGUCUUCAGGCGCUUCGUCUGAGGUAUUUAUCAACACGUUCACCGAGGAGGAGGAGGAAACUGCCAAGUGUCUUGUCCUCUUGUCCAAAGGCCACGACGAUAAUCCCCUUCCUCCUAGGUUCAUCAACAAUAAUGUCGAUUUUUUCAACGAGGAUUUAAGGAUGCACCGAACGAAAUUUAAUAGCAAAAGGUACAUUGAGACGUCUACCAACUCAAUAGAUGGUACAAAAGCAGGAAUAUAUGUGUACGAAUGUAAGACGUGCAAUCGUACAUUCUCGUCUUUUCAAGCACUAGGUGGACACAGAGCAAGUCACAAGAAGCCCAAGACAUUAAACACCGAAUUUAACAAGAAAUCAUAUUUCAAUUUCUCAGAUGAAGACGAUUAUUAUCAACAACACUCACCAUCAACAACAACAACAUUGUACAACAAAAACAAGAAUAAUAACAACAACAUCAACAAAAAUUUGCCAAAUUCUUCCAACAACAAGUACUACUCUUCUCCUAGGAUUCAUGAAUGUUCAUAUUGUGGUGCUGCAUUUACCUCAGGACAAGCUUUAGGUGGUCACAUGAGACGUCAUCGCGGGGGCGCUAGAGUAAAUUCACCCUAUUAUUUGAGCAAUUUAAGUCCUGCAACAUCCAUAGAUCAAGAAUUUGGUAACAAUAAUAAUAUUAUGAAGAAACAAAGAGAUCAUGAGUUGUCUUUAGACCUUAAUCUUCCAGUUCAUCAAGAUGAUCCUGUUGUAUCCUUAAAGCAACAAGAUCAAGAACAAACACAAAGGCAACUUGUUGAUUGUCAUUAUUGA